UAGGGGUAUGACGUUGACGUUUAGCCGCGUUUAAAAAUUGACAGUUGCUUAACGUAUUCGUGUGACCCCACACAGGUGUUGUGAUUAAACCAACGUGUUGCCUUAGUAAACAAAGAGUGCAUCAAAACUUUUAUUCACAAUUUGAAAAUAAUGCUUAAUUGAUACAAGUUUGUGCGAAAAAACCAGAAUGACUACUCCACAGCCUGUCGGUGUUGGGGAUUUCGUCCUUUUGGACAAAAUCGACUUGGAGAACUUUAUGCAAAACUUGGAAAUCAGGUUCAAAAAUGGAAAGAUCUACACGUAUAUCGGCGAAGUAUGCGUCUCGGUGAAUCCCUACAGAACAAUGAACAUUUACGACAGCACCUACGUAAAUCAAUAUAAGGGCAGAGAACUGUUCGAGAACCCACCGCAUAUCUUCGCGAUAGCUGACGCUUCGCACAAAGUAAUGAAACAACAAGGAAGGGAUACGUGCAUUGUGAUAAGCGGAGAAUCCGGAUCUGGAAAGACGGAAGCAUCGAAAAUUAUCAUGAAAUACAUCGCUGCCGUUACGAACCAAGGUGGUCUUAAGGAUAUCGAAAGGGUAAAAAACAUCCUGAUACAGUCGAAUUCGAUACUGGAAGCGUUCGGUAACGCAAAAACGAAUCGGAAUGAUAAUUCUUCCAGGUUUGGGAAGUAUAUGGAUAUACAUUUCGACUUCAAAGGAGAUCCCAUAGGAGGCCACAUCAACAAAUACCUGUUGGAAAAAUGUCGAGUCAUUUAUCAGCAGAAAGGAGAGAGAAAUUUUCAUUGCUUCUAUCAGCUCCUUUCCGGAUGCACCGAAGACACGUUGAGAAAAUUGAACCUGUCCAGGAACCCCGCCGACUAUUUCUACGUGAAACAAGGCAACGCAACCAGGGUAAACACGAUAAACGACAAGAACGACUUCCGCGACGUCGCCACCUCCAUGAACACGCUCGAUUUCACCAAAGAAGAGCAGGAUUCCGUCUGGAGGAUAGUGGCGGCCAUCCUGCACCUGGGCAACAUCGAGUUCUCGAAUCUGGACGACAAGUUGGCCGUGAAGAACAGCAGGUCGGUGGAGUACGUGUCCUCGCUACUGCGCGUGGAGCGUAAGGAGCUGGAGAGGGCGCUGUGCGAGAGGGUUAUAGCGGCGAGGGGCGACAUCAUGAGGAAGGAACACACUGAGAGCGAGGCCAACUACGGAAGAGACGCCUUGGCGAAGGCUGUGUACGAUAGGCUCUUCGGUUGGAUAGUGGAGAGGAUCAAUUCGGCCAUAUCUGUGGACGACAGCAAUUACCAGUACAAGUACAAGAGCUCGCUGAUCGGCGUGUUGGACAUAUACGGGUUCGAGAUAUUCGACGAUAACAGCUUCGAGCAGUUCUGCAUCAACUAUUGUAACGAGAAGUUGCAGCAGCUGUUUAUCGAAUUGGUACUCAAACAAGAACAGGAAGAAUACAACAGAGAGGGCAUAGAAUGGCAAAACAUAGAUUACUUCAACAACCAAAUAAUUUGCGACUUAGUCGAAGCCCAGCAUACAGGUAUCCUGUCUAUAAUGGAUGACGCCUGCAAGAUGACUGCAGAAAAAGUAACCGAUGAACUGCUCCUCGAGAACAUGGACAAGAAGUUGAAGGGUCACGGACACUAUUGUUCGAGACAGUUGAAACCCGCCUACAAACAGUUACGGCAUAAGAUUGACUUCCAAAUAACCCACUACGCUGGCGAGGUGACUUACUGCAUCAACGGUUUUCUGGACAAGAACAAGGACACCCUGUUCCAGGACUUCAAACGGCUGCUGUACAGUUCGCAGGAUAAGAACUUGAGGGACAUGUGGCCUGAAGGGUCUCAGCACAUUUCGGAGACGACCAAAAGACCAGCGACGGCAGGAACGCUGUUCAAGAAUUCCAUGCAGGAGUUGGUGAAGAACCUGCUGAGCAAAGAGCCCCACUAUGUGAGGUGCAUAAAGCCCAACGAGAUGAAAUCUGCUUCGGCCUUCGACGAUGAGAGGGUGAAGCACCAGGUCAGCUAUUUGGGGUUGGUGGAGAAUGUCAGGGUGAGGAGAGCAGGUUUCGCUUACAGGCAGAGAUAUGACAGGUUUUUGAGAAGGUACAAAAUGAUUUCCCAAUUCACUUGGCCCAACUUCCGGUCUGGCCUGGACAGGGACGGGAUCAAGAUAAUAAUGGACGAAAGGGGGUUCAGUAAAGACGUGAAGUACGGUAAAACGAAGAUCUUUAUAAGGUCCCCAAGAACCAUUUUCGCUUUGGAAAGUGCGAGGAACGAACUGAUACCAGGCAUAGCGACACUAAUUCAGAAGACUUGGAGAGGCUAUCGAGCGCGACAGCACUACAAGAAGAUGAAGGCCGCCAUGGUCAUGAUCAAGGCCUACCGCAUGAAGAAGACUCGCUGCUACGUCAACGCGCUCCACAAGAAGUUCGCCAACGCGAAAUCGAUGAAGGACUAUGGAAAGGGCGUGAUAUGGCCGGCUCCGCCCCUUACCAUGCGAGACGCCACCAAGGUGCUUCGGGCGAUGUUCAACAGGUGGCGCGCGUACAUGGUGUUGAAGAAGAUACCGCAGGUGCAGUGGCCCGAGAUGAAGCUGAAGAUAAUGGCGGCGAGCGCUUUGUUGCACAAGAGGUCGAACUGGGGCGUGGCCAGGAAGUGGGAGGGCAACUACUUGAGCAAGCACUCGGAGAAUAUAAACUAUACGCCGUUCAACGACGCUGUCAACAACCUGAAGAACAGCCAGCACUUCAGCUCCGUGCUUUUCUCGGCGUUCGUCACCAAGUUCAAUAAAUUCAGCAAGGUGGCCGAAAGGGUACUUCUAAUAACAGACGUGUAUAUUUUCAAAUUGGACAACGUAAAAUUCCGAAAUAUGAAAGAAGGUGUUUCGAUUAAAGAACUAACCGGCAUAACAGUUAGUCCUGGUAACGAUCAACUCAUUGUUCUUCACUGUCCUGGUGGCAACGAUCUUGUGGUGUCGUUACAUUGCGACAGUCAAGAAGACAGGAUUGGAGAACUUUUGGGAAUAGUCUUGAGCAGAUACGUACAAUUAACCAACACAGAACUACCAGUUAACGUUAGCAAAACAAUCUCUUGUUCGCUGGGCGGUAAGAAGAAGGUGAUAAACAUUCAAGUAAGUUCAGAAGUGACGGCACCCACAUUCAAGAAAGGUACCAGCAACACGAUAAGUUACCUUCUUCCACCAAAUUUCGCCAUAGUGGAAAACGGUAAUGGAAAUAAUUAUAUAAAAUGUUGAUUUUAUACAAGUGGAAAGAUUUCGGUAGGUAUAUAAAUAUAUAUAUUGUUUUUUUUUUUUUUUUUAAGAAGUAAUGUAUGAAGCAAAAUGUGAUCUUUAAGAUGAUAAAUUGAAAUAUUUUACAUACUUCCUCCAGAAUUUAUUAUUGAUGGAAUUUUAUUUAUCGUUAAGUACAAAAAAUUCAAUUUAUAUAUAUAAUUUUUCUCGAUGGGAACUCGGAACUCAAUUCGUUGUGAGUUUGUUGGUUCUUCUCGUUUAUUGAUAUGUUGAGAUGUUUUAUAGAGUUAUUUCUUCAGUUGUUGGAUAUUUCCUUGAAAUUCUUUUACGAUUCCCGCAUUUAAAGGUGAUUUUAAGAUUCUAUCUAGUGCCUUUUUUUGUCGAAAAGAUUUUUAAUCUUUGAGGAUUCAAUCAGUAUGUGGAAAAAAGUCUGCCUUUUGUGUACUUACUAAUAGGUUCGCGUAAUAACAGUUAAAUCUAUCGUAUUUUUUAUAUAGUUAAAUCGAUGCUUUUGCUGUGUGAUUACCGCAACAAGAGUAUUUUUAAACGGAAAAAUGAUGGUUGUCGAUUUUUGUACAUUUUUAAUGUUAUUUUAGAUAAAUUGGAUUUAAUAAGUGCCAUUGUUGUAUACAUUAUUAUUGUGCCUUAUUAAAUAUGAAAUAUUAGUGUGAUUUCAUUUGAAUCAUAA